AUGGAAAAGAUGGAUAAGGAGUAUGAUAUCAUCCAGAUUCCAAAGGGGAUUAGGCGUGAAGAUCUACCGGAAAAAAUGGAGGUUGGCAAGCCCUUUGAAGUCAACGGAUGCUUGUAUGUAUGUGAGAAGAGGAAUGGAAUGGAAAUGAAGGUAUGCUCUCAAGAGAAGGGCAAGACCAGUGUGCCUGCCAUGAGCAAGAGCUUCUAUGUGGUGAGAAGGGUGUGA